AUGUGCUUCCUCAGCGAAGAGGUGCGAGGCGUCUGCUGCCAAACGUGUGCUGCAGCUAUGACGGAGUGCAACGACUAUAACGACGUACUCGCGACAUUAGAUCUAGGGCAUGACGAUUGCAGCGAAGUGGCUGGCUGGGGCUUGUGUGAUAUGAUUUCUAAAGUAUUCGGGGGAUUGUGUUGCGAAGCAUGCUCUUCGGAGGCCACGACAACGACCGACAAGGAGCUCUGCGCGGACGGCUGCUACAACGGGUGGCCGGGCGACGGCUACUGCGACAGCGUGUGCAACAAUUGGGAGUGCAACUAUGACGGAGGCGACUGCGACGCCACGCCAGAGCCAGAGCCAGAGCCUGAGCCCGAGUGGUGGACAACGACCGACAAGUGGUGGACAACGACCCCAGACGUGUGCGAAGAUGACGAUGCCGCCAUCGUUUUUUUAGCCCAACAGGGCAAUGCUUCCGGGGUCACUGGUUGCGGGGAAGUUGCUGGCAUGUGCUUCCUCAGCGAAGAGGUGCGAGGCGUCUGCUGCCAAACGUGUGCUGCAGCUAUGACGGAGUGCAACGACUAUAACGACGUACUCGCGACAUGA